UCGUACCACGUCCUGCACGUGCACAAUAUCCAUCAUGAAGACCGCCCUGUUCCCCGUACUGCUGCUGGUGUCUCUGCUACUUUGUACAACGUUUCCAGCGACUCUUGGAUCGACUGCGAUCGGUGUGAUUCUGGACGACUCCGCCCAGAUCGACGACGAAGCUCUCGCGAGACUGUUCGCGAGAGUUGACGUGCCGGAUGACGGUAACGUCACAGAGGAGGAACUCCGGCCGGUGGUGGCCCGCAUCUCCGGGGACGAUCCGUCAGCAGCCAUCUGGCAGGGAUGUCGGCUGGUAGAGGAAGGCGUCUUGGCUCUCCUCAGCGCGACGGGAUGCCGGUCAUUAUUGGUGAUCAAUAGUGUGAGCGCCACCUUGCGGAUUCCCCAUGUCGCCACACCCGUCAGGUCCUGUCCGGUGGGAGUGAUGCCCGGUCAUGAGAACAGCGCGGUUCCGUACACGUUCAACAUGUGGCCCCGCCCAGAGGUGCACGCGCAGGCGCUGAGAGACAUGCUCAACACCUUAACUUGGACCAUGGUCACGUUUCUGUACGACCAUGAUGACGGCCUAAAUGUGAUGAAGCACCUGUUGGAACUGUUAGCUGCGGACGGUAAGCCGCUGAAGGCCGUGUUCCUGAAGAUCCAGUGGGAGACGGAGGAGGACCUGGGCCGAACGACUGACGAGCGUGUACGGAACCUUCUGGAACAGGGCAUCAAACCCGAGUCCUUCAUCGUGUACGGCCGGUCUGCUCUGGCAAGAACCAUCCUGCAAAAGGCGGACAAGUACAGUUUACUGACAAGAGAAACUCAGUGGAUCAUUCUACAGGAGGAGUCCGUCACGGUGCCAGACAAUCUGAUCGCCACCGGGAUUGUGACGUUCUUCAGACUGGCGUUCUCUAGAGUUACAUACUCACCCAACUCUCAGGUGCAUGGGCUGUUCAUGCAGGACGCCGUGUCCUUGCUGCGUGAGUCGGUGUCAGAAGCGCACGCCUCCGUAGCCUGGGCCCCCUCCUCCCCGGCCUCCUGCGGGUUCGGCCCGAACAAGGUGCUGAACGAGGACAGGAAACUCACCAGCAUCCUCGCCCAGAGCAACACCGUGGGUCUAUCCGGUCAGAUCCAGUUUGACGAUGCGGGGUGGAACAACUCGUCCAGAUGGGAAAUCAUCAACGUGGAGUUCAUGGCCAAGAACGGGACAGAGGCGCACCAGAUCGGGAGCUGGGACGCUGAGGGCGGGCUCCAGCUGAAGGAGCCGCUGUUCACCCGGCAUGCCAUCACGGACAGGCUGCUCAGGGUGUCCGUGGUCGUGGAAGAGCCGUUCGUCAUGAAACGUCAGACUCCGUCCGGCCCGGUGUUUUAUGGCUUCUGUAUCGACAUCCUGGACCAGAUGGCUAAAGAGCACAAGUUCCGCUAUGACAUCUACGAAACUCCGGACAGGAAGUUCGGCAUACAGCUCGAAAACGGCAGCUGGAACGGAGUCAUAGGGCAGGUGCUGUCUAGGCACGCAGACAUCGCCGCGACCGACCUGGUCAUCUCCGCCGCGCGGGAGGAAGUGGUGGACUUCACCAAGCCGUACCUGGACUACGGCGUGCGGCUGAUCCUGAGGAAGCCGGCGGAUAAGGAGCAGAACUGGUGGGGCUUCCUGGCGCCGCUGGACGGCACGGUGUGGUGGUCCAUCCUCGGGGCCGUGUUCGGCGUCUCCGUGCUGCUGUACCUGCUCCACAGGUACAGCCCGUACGGCUCCUACAAGCAGCAUCACGGACCAGAUAAGCACCAUUCUGACCUGAAGGAGACAGUCUGGUUCAUCGUAGGAUCACUCAUGCAACAAGGUGGCGAACCUAUCCAAAACUUCAUCUCAGGCCGCAUCCUGAGCACGUUCUGGUGGUUCUUCGUGCUCAUCAUCAUCGCCACCUACACGGCCAACUUGGCGGCCUUCCUCACCGUGUCCCGCAUGGACAUCCCGGUCCGCUCCGUACAGGACCUGGCUCAGCAGGUCAAGAUCAAGUACGGCACGGUCAGGGACAGCAACCUGCAGUCGUUCUUCAGGUCCCGGUCGCACGAGGGCGGCAUGUACGAGCGUAUGUGGAACUUCAUGGUGGGAUCGGAGCCCUCUGCCUUCGUGGAUAGCACAGUGGAGGGGCUGGAGAGGGUCCAGAAUGAGGACUACGCCUUCCUGUGGGACACGGCCGUGCUGGAGUACGAGAAGAACCGGAAUUGUGAGCUGAUUAUUGUGGGAGAUCCGUUCUACAAGGGCGGCUACGGCUUCGCUAUGCCACGUGGUGCCCCCUACAGGGACGACCUGUCCAUGACGAUCCUGCGGAUGCAGGGCAGUGGUCACAUAGAGAAGCUCCAGACAAAAUGGUGGACCACCAACAGCACGUGCUCAGACGAGGAGGCCACCGUGGUGGAGACUACAAAGGUGGAGUUUGUGGGGAUGGCGGGCGUGUUUGCUGUACUGUUGAUGGGGUGUGCCCUGUCCAUCAUCGCGCUACUGCUGGAGCUGGCCUGGCACGUCUUCACCACAACUACCAAACCCCGCGACACCCAGGACAGACGCAGUCCGGCAGAAAUCCCGCCACCACAGCUGCCGAACGGGGACCUCUUCGUCUGAGCACGGAGGGCACCAGGUAGCAUCAACAGCAGGCUUUUACGGUGGGGGCGUGUGGCUUUUCAAGAGUUAGUGGCUUCUACUGUGCUAUCCACGAAGGCAGAAAGUACGAUCAACACUUUAAAACCUAGUGAAGUUUGAGCCGCUUUAAAACCGUAAGAGUUAGUGGCUUACCAAAAAAAAAGCAGCCAGCAGUUUGAAGUUGUUAAUACUGUAUGGCUAUGUGCAGUUUUUCUGAUUGUAGGCCUUGCUUUUUAUGCUGUAACCGGCUACACAUUUACCGUAUAGGCCUGUUCAUCGAGGCUAUUCAUUGGGGCUUCAAAUACUCCCAGUGUUAAUGUAAGACUAGCGCAGAUUUGUAAAUCUACAGGUUUUCUGUCAUCCUGUGCUUAAUCUGUGAUACACCCUCUCAUCGCUUCUACAAAACCCGGUCUGUUGUAUCAGUGCUUGAUCACUGAAUGGCGUAGAAUUAUUCCCCUGCUUUAAUUCAGUCACUUCAACGGAAUGUGUUAGCUUGUAGAAUUUAGGUCAACCGCAGAAUGGCUCUCCAGAUCUCCUUGGGAAGCCCGGCAGGACGAAUACAUUCUGAUCUCUUAGCUGAUGUUCCGCCUGGUAUCUGUCCUUGGUGCUGAAGUACACAUCUCAUUCUAAUCCACUCAAUUCGUGUUGCAACUGCUUGUCUCACCAGAUAUAAGUGUACGUUUGUACAGAUAAAUUCACAUACAUGUAUUUGGUAUAUCACAUAGCUGUGUAUACAGUAACAUAAGGCUAGAAGGGUCUAUUUAUAAGAUUGUAUUACAUUUUGUAUUCUGUAAUUGGAACUAGAUAAAAGUAUAUAACGCAAGAAUUCCGCAACUUAUUGAAAGCGGGUAAGAAACAUCUGGAUGUUUGAUGUGAUAUAUAUUUACUAUGCCUGCUAAAAGAGAAAUUACGUAUAGGCGUGGAACGGUAUCUUUUAUAAUAAGGGUAAAGAGUACAUUAAAACCGUUACCACAGAAUAUCUUUAUCUGUGAAAUAAGAAAAUUGAAUAAAACAUU